UGCGGCUCGGCGUGCGUCCCCCAUGGGGUUGCAAUCGUUAGCAAUUUCCGUACUAAAUAGUCAAAUAUUGGUUUAAUUUAUCAAUUUUAAAAUGUGAUCUGUAAGUGCUUAGAAACAAAAUAAACCGGAAUGUAUUUCUUAACUCAAGUGUUGUUACGAUUAUGAACCAAAGACAGGCAUAAUAAAGUUUUGAGCCGGAGAGAAAUAAAAGUGGAUUCGUUUCGAUAGCAGGAAGCUUGUUAGAGGGUGGAACCCCGAGACAGGGGCGGGCGGCGCUAUAUGAUAGUGCGAGUGUGCGGCAGUGUGGGUGCGGACGCGGCGCGGGGCGCUCGUAGUUAUGGCGGACCGGCCUGGUGACUGCUAAAGUGGCAAUCGUGCGUCGUGUAGCGCGCGCGCUCUCGACACUGCCUGUUCAGCCCGAGCCCAUGCGAAAUCACCGCCUGCAUGAUGAGAGGGCGCUCGCGCUCCUCGAUAUCCCGCUCCAAGGAACGCGCCAAUAUGAGUUUCUUCAUCUUCAUCAUGUUCUUCGCCGUCUUCGGUGUGAUAAUGGUUACAGAAUUCCUGCUAUUGGAGAAACAUAAUGGACCCGCGCGAUCCCGCUACGAAGAGUUGCAGGGGUCGAUGAGACAAAAUCGUGUACUUCCAAGUGAUUUAAAAAAGUAUUUUUUGAAUGAUUUACGAACUACUUUUAUACCGGCAUCAAGUUUGAGUGCGCUAAAACAGACAAUUACAAAUAAUGUACUAACUCCUUUUAUAUCUACGUCAAAUUACUGGUCGAUAAGACGAGAUUCUGUACGACUAAGCACAUUAAAAUACACAAUUUCAAAUAAUGUACUAACUCCUUUCAUGUCGUCGUCAAAUUAUUGUUCGAUAAAACAAGAUCCAGUACGACUAACCGCGUUAAAACAGACAACUUUAAAUAAUAAUGUCCUUAUUCCUUUUAUGUGGACAUCAAAUUAUUGGUCGAUAACACGAGAUCCUGUACGACUAAGCGCCUUAAAACAGACAAUUUCAAAUAAUAUACUAACUCCUUUUACAUCGACGUCAAAUUAUUGGUGGUUAAGACGAGAUCCUGUACGACUAAGCGCGUUAAAACAGACAACUUUAAAUAAUGUACUAACUCCUUUUAUGUGGAUUUCAAAUUAUUGGUCAAUAAGACAAGAUCCUAUAAGUCUAAGUGCGUUAAAACAGAAAAUUUUGAAUUAUCUACUGUCUCCUUUUGCAUCGGCGUUAAUUUAUAGUUGGGAUGGCAAGGCCUCCCACGAGGGGGUGACUGAAAAGCAGCUACCUGCACAGGCACCGCAAGAUGCCGUUUGGCAGCCUGUUGCUGGCACUAGGUUUAAAUUCUACGUAUAUUCCGCAUAUGUCGAGCGACGGACAGUAGCGGCGGUGCGAGUCAUCGGAGCUACCAAGACUCGUGGUGCGGACUCGGUUUUUUGUCGAAUAUGGUUGCCGGACAACCGCACAAUCACACUUAGGGCUAAGGUUCAGACUAUUAGAGAAAAUUGGAAUCUAAAGUACAGCGCAGUGUACGUCCUGUGCCUUCUGUCAAAGACGGGAGUAAAGCCCAAAGACACAAUUGGGGCCACAGUAGCGGUGAUCGCCACUGCAGACGCCGCUACACCUCCAAGCAAUCUCCUUACUGUGAUCGAUACCAAACCAAAACCUGGAAUUGAGGGGGCGUUGCAUGUUUGCGUAAAGCCAUUUCACUUCCACUACGGGCGUAGUGAGUGGUUGAUAGAGUGGAUGGAGUUAAACAGGUUGCUUGGAGUCAGCCACUUUUAUAUGUACAAUAAGACGAUGAGUGAGCAGACAACGUGUUUGCUCAAUCACUACAGGGAGCAUUAUGGACUUGUUACAUUGCUGCCUUGGAAUUUACCCAUUAUAUCCGUAACUGAAAUCAGAACUGAGGGUCAGUUCGCGGCAUUUCAAGACUGCCUGUACCGGUCGAUGUCGUCAGCCAAAUGGCUGCUAGUGGUGGACACAGACGAGGUGUUGAUACCGCGGCGCGAGCGCACCUUACCUGCGUUACUCGAAGGUCUCUCCGCUUCUUACGCACCUGCCAAGGUGCCAGCAGCAUUCCUUUUUAGGAAUGCAUUCUUUUAUGUACUUUGGGAGGACGACCCCCAAGCUCCAGCUAAGCUCCUGACAGCGUGUAAGACGCGGCGGUGGACAACGCCUCAUGUACUCAAGAAUCGCAGCAAGUACGUGGUAAGACCGCGACACGCCGUUGAACUCGGCAACCAUUUCACGUGGGAGCUUCUCCCUGGAGCCACCUCAGUCGGUGUUCCCAAAGACCUCGCGUUACUACACCAUUACCGGUUGAAUUGUGAAUUCGGCGGAAUGUCGUGUGUGAAAGUGCCAUCAACUGUCGACCGAACAGCGCACCAAUGGUCGGAAGAGUUAAUGAAACGAGUAACAGCUGAGAAGAAACUCCUUGCGAAGGCAUGUCCGAAGAUUUUCCCUGCGUAGACUAGGUCUUGUACCUAUAAGGUAUAAAAUACUCUGUAUCUCGGAACCCCCGACGUGCAGGUUCUGGUACUCGCACCUGGUGAGGUUUUGAUGAAAGGCUUACAUAAUGACCGAGUGAAAUUUUCUAAAUCAUCAGGUGAAUAGUAUAAAUACAGAAAAUUGAUAUUUAGACGUUUUGUGUUCAUGGACAAUUAACAGUUGUCAUUAGGUGGGGAGUUCCUGUGCAGUAUCAUAAAGAGAAAUAUGUAAAUAGAACAAUGCAUAUGUUAAUGCUGUUUGGUUUUUCUGUUCAAUAAAACACAGGUAGGUAGUUGUGGUAAGUAUGCUGUAAAUUUGUAAUGUAUUUCGAUUUCAUUAGUCCAAACAUGAGAUGUUCUGUGAUCUAUUUAUAUUAUUUUUCUUACAAUCGUGGUAUACUUAUGUUCUGAAAUUUGGUGCAGAAACAAUGAAAUACAACACGUAUCUGGGGUAGGAGUUCGCAAAUGACUACCAUAGUAUAAUAAGACAAGUAGGGUAACUCUAUACAAAUGUAGCAAUGCGGCUUGUAUAUGUGCAAUUGUGCAUGCCCGCCGCGCGCUUUCUAGGGAUGCACACAUUCGCAAAAUCACGCGGUGCACUCACGUUGCAUAGCACGCGUCGUCUCACGCGUCAUUUAUUACAGAAUUCUAGCUUGGUGUUUAAUCAAAUAAACGUAUUUAUAGUUGUGUUUAUGGUAAUUUGAACAAGAGUGACUCAAAUUUGGAAUCGUUCAGCAUUUGAUUUCUACAUAAUCAUACUCACAUAAUCGAGAUACCAAUCCGCUAUGCUCAUAUAAAAAUAUCAAUAUGUAAGUACUGCAUUUAACACAGGUAAUUUUAAUAUAGCACGAGAAGACUGUGAUGAAAGCUUUAAUUUUUGAAAAUUAUGUUUACGAUCUGUAGGUGCAACUAAAAUAAUAAUGUGACAACCCUACGCUACGAGAGAAGUGUAGGCAUUAAUGCGUCGAACAGGCGCGAGUUGCCUUAUUUGUCUUUAUACUAUGUUACUACUGCCAUCCGUGUGUCGCCCAUGGUGGUGUUUUUAUUUUAUAUAUAUUUUUAUAAUAUCAAGUGACGGGACGGACAAGUAGGUAGUAGGUGUAGCCUUGCUUACCAAGCCGGGAAUUAUUUAUGCAAAGAGCCGACAUAUUGGGCCUCUGCGUUGAAUAUGUUAAUACUGUGAAUUUAGUGUUAUUAAGUUGUUUUCAAAAAAUGUUAUUAUUGUUGGUGUUUAUCGGACUGGGAAUGGUGAUUUAAAAUUAUUUUUAUGUUAAUAGAAAAACUAUUGUCAAUAAUCUUUGAUGAAAAUAAAAGGUUCAUUUUGGUCGGUUAUAUAAAUGUGCAUUAUACGACUGAAAACUCCGACAGGCGACGUCUAAACGACCUAUUGAAAUAUAACUGAAAAAAAUGACGAUUUUCUGACACGCGAAUGUGACACUUGUAGCACUUCAUCGGAUUGUGGGAGAGUUUCGAGUGAUGACUAUUACAUAACCAUUUCUCCGGUAAUUACGUCAGUCGAUAACCGACUACGGUACACAGCUGUUCGUAUUGCCUAAUUAUUGGAACCAAGAAUGUAAACAAGUUUGUACUUGGACGUACCUAUAAAAAAAAAAUAAAAAAA